GGCGCCCACCACCGGGGAGGGGCGGUGUCAGCCGGGGGACGCCAGAGCCGGGCUAGAGCUGCGGGAGGGAGGGAGCGAGCGGGCGAGCGAACGGCAGGUACCCAGCGCAGUGACAUGGCCCAGAAGUACGACGUGGUCGUGAUCGGGGGCGGCAUCUCAGGUCUCUCAGCAGCCAAACUGCUGACUGAGUCAGGCUUGAAUGUGGUGUUGCUGGAAGCCAAUGACAGGGUUGGUGGAAGAACUUUCACUGUAAGGAAUAAGCAAGUUAAAUAUGUGGACCUUGGAGGAGCUUAUGUGGGACCAACACAAAAUCGUCUCCUGCGGUUAUCUAAAGAAUUAGGAAUAGAGACGUAUAAAGUGAAUGAAGUGGAGCACCUGAUACAUCACGUCAAGGGUAAGUCCUACCCCUUUAAAGGUCCCUUCCCUCCUAUGUGGAAUCCAUUGGCCUACCUGGACUACAACAACUUGUGGAGGACCAUGGAUGAAAUGGGAAAGGAGAUUCCCAGUGAAGCCCCAUGGAAGGCUCCACAUGCAGAAGAAUGGGACAAAAUGACUAUGCAAGAUUUCAUAAAUAAAAUUUGCUGGACAAGUGCUGCCAAGAAUUUUGCAACUCUGUUUGUGAACGUGGAUGUUACUUCUGAGCCCCAUGAGGUCUCUGCCCUCUGGUUUUUGUGGUAUGUGAAGCAGUGUGGGGGGACAACAAGGAUAUUCUCAACAACCAAUGGAGGACAGGAGAGGAAGUUUAUUGGAGGCACUAGCCAGAUCAGUGAGAAAAUAAUGGAGCGCCUAGGAGGCCGGGUGAGGCUGAGGAAGCCAGUCAUCCGCAUUGACCAAUCGGGUGAAAGUGUUGUAGUGGAAACCUUAGAUCGUGAAUUAUAUGAGGGCAAGUAUGUGAUCAGUGCCAUUCCCCCAGCUCUUGGUUUGAAGAUUCAUUUCAACCCACCUUUGCCCCCAAUGAGAAACCAGCUCAUCAACCGAAUCCCUAUGGGCUCAGUCAUCAAGUGUAUUGUGUACUAUAAGGAAACUUUCUGGAGGAAGAAGGGCUAUUGUGGUACCAUGAUCAUUGAAGAUGAGGAUGCUGCAAUUGGUUUAACACUUGAUGAUACUAAGCCUGAUGGCAGCUUUCCUGCCAUAAUAGGCUUCAUUCUUGCUCGGAAGUGUAGAAGACUGACAGGUCUCACAAAAGAAGAAAGGAAGACAAGGCUUUGUGAGCUCUAUGCAAAGGUUCUGGGAUCAGAGGAAGCUCUACAUCCAGUGCACUACGAAGAGAAGAACUGGUGUGAAGAGCAGUAUUCUGGGGGCUGCUACACAGCCUACUUCCCACCAGGCAUAAUGACUCAGUAUGGAAGGAUUAUUCGGCAGCCAGUUGGUAGGAUCUAUUUUGCUGGCACAGAGACCGCCACAGAGUGGAGUGGAUACAUGGAGGGGGCUGUGCAGGCUGGAGAAAGAGCAGCCAGAGAGAUACUGUUUGCUAUGAGGAAAAUCCCAGAGAGUGAAAUUUGGAAGCCAGAACCUGAAUCAAUUGAUGUUCCAGCUUUGCCCAUCACUACGACCUUCUGGGAGAGGAACUUGCCAUCUGUGCCAGGACUGCUAAAGCUGAUUGGAUUUUCCACUUUCUUCGCCUUUGUGACUGCAGCUGGGUUAUUUGCCUGUAAAAAGGGACUUCUAGUUCGAAACUGAAAAAGACUGCCAAAGCCUUAGGAAUACUCUCUUUGUAUUUACAGCUGUGUCUUGCUGUGAUGAUGCUGUGGAGCUUAUCACCACCAUGGGAUUAAAAAGAAGGAUUUGCUACUGUUUUCUUGACAUCUUCCACAUAAAAGGAAUAUGUGGCACUUUGUGUAUGUGGAUGCCAGCGUGAUGAGAACAUUGACAAAUGUGCGUAGAGAAUCAAGAUGCUUCCCCAUGGGUGGAGGGAAGUGUUAGCACUGGCUUACAUUUUUUAAAUUCCUUUGUGCCAACCCUUCAAAGAGAGGAAUGAAGUCUGGUUUAAUGGGUAACCAGUCAUGAUAUAUUUCUUAACAUGUUUGAUGAGAAAUCUGCUAUCAUGAAAGUUCCAGCAGUACCACCUUCAUAAAAUGUAUUAUAGAGCAACCAUGGAAAUAAUCGUAUUGUCUCUUAUGAACUGAUUUGUGUUAUCGUGCGUAUUUUGUAAGGCUCUUAAGAGUUCCGAUAGCAACUGUAUAUUGCAAGGAAUGUCGGGUAAUGGCAUGAAAAUCUGUGUUAACCAAAGUGCUUGAAAGCUAACUGUAUAAACUACAAUAACAAGGAGGUGAGAAAUCUGAGGCAGCCCCUUGUCUUUCUUUUAACUACUGUGAUUUUUUUCUCAAUGCUGAUUUUUACUCCAAAUAGCACAUCUAUUGUCAGUAUAACAGGAGAUGUUUGUAAAAGAUGUAUUAAUCACAAUUAGGUAUAUGCCUGAGCAUUGCCCAUCACUGAAACCUAAGGCCUGGAGUCACUUUUGUGGGACUGUUGUUUCACUGAGGUAAACUUUACAAAAGUGCAGAAAUUUUAAGUUUUGGGUUUUGUUUUUUUUGAUACAUGAAAGAAAAAUAUUUUUGAGAAAGAAGAAAUUGCACAUCCUUCAGAAGUACUUGGGUGCAAAAGGAAGCCAGGGUGAAAUGACAACAGAUCUGCCCCUGCUCUCAGGCAAGAAGCAAAGCCACUUAAAUUGCAGAUUGCAAAUGCUCACAAAUAAACGUGACCUGCAUUUAAAUGAACUAACAUUACCUCCCCCAUCUUCACGACCUUAUGGUCACCUUGAUCUUACAAUCUGUUGUUCAAUAGAGAUAAAAAUGUGAUGGCCGAAGCAGUCUUGCUUUCAAAGUAUCUCUGCAGUCAAGUUGUUUAGGCGUUGCCGCUUAUAGCGUGUCUCCUGUGGUCAUGUACAGGUCAGUGUUCAGUGAUGCCUGCCUCUGUGUUUUGGAAAAAAAAGAGUGACUUCACUGUGCAGGAAUAUAUAUACUGUGUGUGUGAUGAAUUUGUGCCUUUUAUAACUGUAGCAUAUUCUCAAGUGCCUCUGUGGUGACUGUCUCCCUUGGUUUCCUUCUUAAGCUCCCUUUUCAAUAGACUGCAGAUAUUUUUAUCUGACAGCUGUGAACUUUUUUUAACCUUAAUUAGAAUCAAUAAAUAUUGUCAUGUCACA